UAAAAUAAAAGAGAAUAUGAGCUAUCAGAAGGCCACUUACCUCUCAACCCUCGUCAUCACCUCCAACAGCGUUGCUUUCCAGCUCCUCCAUUCAUUAAAUUAAAACCAACAAGAAAAAUCCCUUUUCCCCAAAAACCAGAUCAUCCAAAGUAAUUAACCUUGCAAUCUCCAAACUCUCUCUCUGUCUCCUCUCUUCUCUCUCUCUCUCUCUCACACACAGAGAAGCAGAGAGAGAUGUCUAACCAAGAUGACAUGGCUGGCAUGCCUGGCAUGUCUAUGACUCCCCCUGCGCCCAAGGGCGACCUGAAGAACACAACUGAUGGUGCCAUGAGCUCUAGCCUCACAUGGACCACAGACGUCACCGUCCUCUUCCGUGGUUGGCCUGAUGACAGCGUUCCCAUGUACGUCUUGGCCCUCUUCUUCGUCUUCCUUCUCGCUGUUGCCGUUGAAGUCCUGUCUGUUUCGCCCAAACACAAACCAGGCACCAAGACUUUCAUAUGCACCCUCACUCAAACAGGCGUCUACACUUUUCGCACAGCUUUGGCUUACUUGGUCAUGCUCGCUGUCAUGUCGUUCAAUACUGGUAUCCUGAUAGCCGCCGUGGCCGGCCAUGCCCUCGGCUUCUUCAUCAUCAAGGUUCGUUCUCAUGGCCUCCAACCCAACGUAGCCGACCCCAAAGUUUGAUUUGUCGUCUUCCUGAUCGGUGCUUGAGUUUAUAGUUUGUUUUUGUCACCUUUUUUGUGUGGGUUUUCUGUGUGCUUGUCGUUUUGUGUUUUAGUGUCUCAUCAGGGAUAUUGCUAUUUGUAUUAUCUCAACUGAUCAUCUAGCGUACUAUCUCUCUAAUAGAGUUUAAAUCCGUACAACAGGUGAUCCCAUUUUUAUUAGAGAGAUGGUAGAUUAAAUGGUUAGUUGAGAUAAUAGAAAUAGGUAUUAUUUUUUCUUUUAAGUUUUAUGUGUGGUGGUUGUUCUGUGUUUAGCUAGUUUGGUUGUGGUUUGAAAUUUGACUUGCUAUUGUAUGAUAUUCUGCAUGUUUCUGUUCAAUGUCUUAA